AUGCAGCCCUCACCUGUGCUUGCAGCGGCACUUGUUGCCUUUUUUGGCCUUUCACCUGCUUUGGCCCUCCCACCCAACACUGAUGCUCGCAACGUCAUCAAACGCGAUGUAGCAAUUAUCGGUGGAGGCUCUGCUGGCAUCAACGCUGCCAUCCAACUCAAGGACGCUGGCAAAUCGAUCAUUGUUAUCGAGGCCCAGGAAGCACCAGGUGGUCACACGCACACUUAUAUCGACCCAGCUACUGGCAUGAAGACAGACUAUGGUGUCGCCAUCUGGCACAAUACCACAACCGUCAACCAGUACUUCCAGCGCUUCAAUAUUCCACUGGCCCCCGCAUCGAUUGCAGCCGUUCCAACUGUCACCGUUGACUACACGACGGGCAGUAUCAUCAACGUUCCUGCUAAUCAGGUGCCUACUCAACAAGCUAUUGGUGCAGCACUGCAGAAGUAUGCGGCCUUCCUGUCCAAGUAUCCCCAGCUCGCUGCUGGCAUGUUUCUACCCAGACCUGUGCCCCAGGAAUUGGCCAUGCCCUUUGGUCAACUAGUCAAACAACUCGGCAUCGACGCAGCUGUCCCAAUCAUGAUCCAAAUCAACCCUGGCCUUGGCGAUCCCCUCACUGUUCCCGUUGUCGAGAUGGCCCGCGUCGUUGGCUUGUCUUUGGUCCAGCAAAUCGCUGCCUCGAGCUUCGUCACAACCGCACGCCACUACAACAGCGAGCUCUACGAAAAAGCCGGUGCCGAGCUCGCUAGCAGCAACAGCAUCCUGCUCUCUUCCCGUGUCGUCGCCUCGAACCGCAAGCAAUCCGGUGUCGAACUUGUCGUGAAGACCCCCCAGGGCAUCAAGUAUAUUUGCGCCAAGAAGCUCCUCAUCGCCAUCCCCCCUCGCCUGGAAAACCUCAAGGAAUUCAACCCUACCCAAGCCGAGCGUAGUGUCUUCAGCAAGUGGCUCAGCACAGCUUACUUCACCAGCAUCCUCUCCAACACAGGCCUGCCCCCUACCAAGCAGGUCAUGAACGUCAACCCCUUGAGACCCGCCGGCCAGCCCGAUCUACCCAGCACAAUCUUCAUCGCCCCCAACACCAUCCCAGGCCUCUCUACCGCCUACUACCAAACCGAACGCCUGAGCACCCCAACCGCGCUCACCGACGACGACGUCAAGGCCCGCAUCAUUGCAGACAUCAAGCGCAUCCAGGCUGCCAACCGUGGCAACAGUUCCUUUGCUCAGACGGAGCCACAGUUCCGCGUAAUCAAGGCCCACAAGCCUUUCUACCUACAAGUCUCCACCGAAGAUAUCCUGGCCGGCUUCUACGAUCAGAUGAAUGCGCUGCAGAACCAGUUGUCCACAUUUUACACAGGUGCCGCCUGGAGGGCCCAUGAUAGCAGUAUGAUCUGGGACUACAACAAGCAGAUUGUUGUGCCUAUGUUGCUCAAGAGUCUGCAGAACUAA